AAAACAGUAAACACAAAUGAUAAUAAUUGAAAAUGACAAAUCAUCAGCACUCAGCAGAUUAAAUUAAAUUUCUGUCUGUGUGUUUUGCUUCUCAGUUUUCCUUUUAUUUAACAUAAUAUGAAUGCGAUCCUUUCUAACUCCUCACAAUAAUACAAUACAUUCUUUCAAAACUUCGUACCUAUAAAAUAACAGCUAUUUACAAUGUUUUGUUGACAUUAUGAUAGUGUAUUGUGAGAAACUGCCUAGGAGCAUUCACAAUACCUUUUAAUCGCCCUGGGAAUUUUCAGUUUUGUGAUCGUGUGAAUUCUUGUGUUGACCUAAUUUCAAAAGUUUUGUCGAUAAACUUCCGUUUAUGCGAAAUUAUGACCUACAUAACAUCAAGUCUUUGUUCAGAUGCUCGGAAACGGGUGCUUUUUGUUCAAUCCAAGACUAUUUACUUAUUUACUGAUAUAAUAAUAUGAACAAUAACUGGUGCAGAUUGUUGAAGCUGUGUUAAGAGUAUCUUUGGAGUAUGUUAAUGUUUCCAGCAUCACAGUCCCAAGAAGGAUGAUUCUUCUAAACUCAUCUUCAGUGGGAAUUUCACUCCACAAAAUUGUCACUUUGAUAUCAAAAUGGAAGAGAGAAGCAACAUGCGCAAAGACAUUUUGAACACUGUGCUGAAGAGAACAGAGUCCAUUAUGCUUGAACAGAGGGUUCAGCCUAACCCUUUAUAUGAAGAUCCAAAGGAUUUAACAGCAGAGAAGCCAACAAAACCACCAAGAAAACGAAACAUACAUGCACUAGCAAUCACAUCACCUCGGCAAGACAAACCAAUGAAGGAGUUGAAGAAGAAACUCACUAAGAAAUAUGAGGGUCUUGUCACAGCCCUGAUGGAUAAAUGCGAGGAGAAUGUGACUAUUAUUUCAGAAAAAGACACUCAGAUAGGAAAGCUUAAGGAGAAACUCAAGGCAGUACUGGAAUACAACAGAAUGUUUUCAGAAGAGUGUGAUAGAGUUAAAUCUGAACAUGAUGCUCUAUUGAAGUAUGUCAAUGAUUGCAAGAGAGUGGUAAGGGAAGAAAAAGAAAAAAGAGCAGAGUUGGAAAUAAAGCAUAGUAAAUUAGAGGAAAAGAUGAAACAGUAUGAGAUGCCUGAUCGUGAUCACACUGAUGGGGGUAUACCAUUAGUUGAGGUCUGCAUGAGCUGCAGCAGCCGACAGAUAGUUUUGAAACAGGCGAGAGAGCUCAACAACCGUCUUCAGAAGGACAUGCAAGCAAUGAAAGAAGUAUUGUAUAGAUUGAACGUACAACUGUCUCGGUAUCAGGAGAAGCUACGCGUGAACUCAACCGUGGCCGACGUGAAGGAUUGCAAGAGUAAUGGUUACGACCUGGAUUCUUUAAUCACUGCCAGCUUUGGACACAGACAAGAUGGUGACGAAGAGAAUAAGCCAUUAGAUGGUGUCACACGCUCUGUUGACGUCUCAGGCCUGCUCAGCGCGCAAGCAUUAGUCCCUUUAUUCGACGCGUACCAAGAGAACCUACAAGAAAAAGACAACCUUAUUCAAGAUUAUGAGAAACAAUUUGAAAAUAUGAACAAGAAAUCCAAAGAUAUUGUCACAGAGAAUAAAUGCUUGACAGAGAAGAUUGAUCGGCUGGACGAAGAAUUAACGCGAGCGAGACUGAGCUAUAAGAAAGUAAUGGUGGAGAAAGAGACAGGAGACAUAGAGAGGGCUACUUUGUUGGAGAGAGCUGACAAGGCGGAGACGAAACUAAAAGAGGUUUACGAGUUGUACGAAGAUAAGAUUGCGACAAUGAUGCGCGACUACGAGACAGUGCACCGCGAGUACUUCACGGUGAAGUCGGCUCUGGAGACCUCCAGUGCGAAGUUGGCGCAGAUGGACGCGCUGCGGGCCAGGACAGUGCCUGCCGACCUGCACGAGAGACGGCUUGAGGAUUGUAAGAGGUUGCUUGAAGAACUCAAACACCAAUACAGCGUUGACACAGAACGUAAAGCUGAACAAAUAAAGAAGAUACAGGAUGAACUUAACAUGACAGAAGAGAAGUACAAUAAGAUAAAUCUCGAGCAUCAGACUACAAGAGAAGAGUUGAGAGCUGCGUUGAAGAAUGUAAAGCUGUACCGUCGCGCGGCCGUGGUGUACCGACACCGGGCUCGGUCGGCGGCCGCGCGAGCCUCUCGCGUGUCACGCGCCGCUCGCUCGGUGCGGGACAAGCGGGACAGACCGGGCGAACGAGACGAGCGGGACAGACCGGGGGAACGAGACGAGCGGGACAGACCGGGCGAACCGAGUGAUCCACUCCAGCAAGCUCUCCACGCAUUGGAAACUAUUAAGAAUGAGAUCAAGACUGUUAAAUCCCGCGCUCACUCAUCGCUAGAAGAACUGGAGCGUCGCAUCAUCGAGCAAGAGCGGCGAGCAGAGCGCGCCAGUCGCGAACAUGCUCGGGAGCUUGAGCGCGCCGAGCGGGCGAGCCGGGAGCAUGUUCGCGAACUCGAACGAGCCGAGCUAGCGCUGAGGCACAAGGAGGACAUAAUACGCUCGCUGAUCGACAAGGUGGCUGACGUCGAGGAGGUUAAGCCAGACGAACUCUCAUCGCUUACAAGGCAUAGUUUCCAACUCGUCAUCAUCGGCCGCUUCACUGGAAACGAAGACCAAACUGCUUCCUGGUCCCGGGGGGUACUUCAAGGAAGGGAGGAUAAAAACACACAACGAAAAACAAUUAUAGAUGAAUAGGGAAAUUAGUAUAAUUUAUUAUAUCUAAUAUAACUUUUAAGUAGAUACAACCUAAAAUGAAAAAUAUUUCUCUGGCACACAAAAUUAUUCUAUAUAUGUAGUUAGUAGUCUUACAGAUUUCGGAAUAAAUUACGGUAAAUAUUGUAAAAAUUAUAAGAUUUGUGGGCAAGGUCGAAUAUUAAAAAGCAGGCAAGUGCAGCCGAUCUGCACUGAAAGAGUGGGCAAAAGUGUCUAGGGAUACUUUCUGUUCACCAAUGACACUUAAACUGAGUUUAGUAAAACUCAAUUUUAACUGGCUCGAACGCCAGUCUUGAUCACGAGUCAACCCAAAGCGAUUUCACCAAUACAUUAGCGCGUCCCCGAAAAUCGACUUUUGUAUGUCAUAAACAAUAUGUAUCAGAGAGCUUUCAAAUUUGUCAUUAUUAAGUAUUCCAUUCUUCCUAUUGUGUGUUCUGUGUAAGUGGCACCUCAAUUCGGCCAAUGUCACGUUUAAGUAGACCACCAAACUUUAAGUAUGUAAUAAAUCGGUGUUAACAAAUUUAUUUUAUUUUUUUAUUCUACCUGAACUAAGUAUACAUGAUGUUCGAUUAUAAUUGACAAAUUCCGAUAAUAUUAUAUAUUAUAAUAAAGUUCAUUACGAACUAAAUCGAAAAAAAAUGUCGCAACGUUUCUGUUAACAUUAGAACAGCUCUUGAACGUGAUCAAAUAUGAUAAACAUCCAAAAUUUGGCGGUCAGUUGACCUAAUCCAUUUUAUCUCCCCUUUGUUAUUUACGGGGUGAGACAGGGCUAUACCUACCGUCUACCGAUAGCGCUCUGUCACUCCAGUAGAGCAACACGAGUCCGAUCCGCGGGUGAUCCGUGUGGCUCUACAGUCUACGGUCACACCGCAGUCAUUGCUCACUGUGUGACUGUCUUCGUCGAACACACUCGAGAGCAAGAUUAUCCUGAGACCAAUUGUGCGUUGCCCCGAUAGAAACAUUAUAACUUUAAUAUUAAUUAAUUACAAAGAUUAAGUAGGUACUUACUUCACUUGCCUACUAACGUACCUGUUACAUAAAUAGCUUUGAAAAUAUUAUAAGAACUUCUUUAUAUCGUAAGAUCUGUCCGGUAGUAUGAAUGUUAUGUGUGUUCGUGCUAUUUUGUUGAAUCCUCCCCAACUCGCCAGGAAAGCCGCGGUAUGUGUCAAACUAUUCGUUGGGCUAUUCUGAGUCUACGAACAUUCUCGGCAUCUCACUAGUCAUAACGAAAGCUGAGAAAUUGUAUGUAAUGUAACUUGUUUUAAUUAUAGAUUUCUGUUAAUAAAAUCAUAUACAUAUAGUUA